GCGCCUUUAAGGAGGAGAAGCCGGCGGAGGGAGGAGCCGGUCCGGGUGUGUGCAGGGGAGCGCCUCGCCUGCAGUUUCGGCGGCCGGAGGCCAACGGUGAAGAGAGGGAACAGUCGCCGGCCUACCCGCCUGGCCCGCAUCAGUGCUCAUCUUGCCUCCUUGCCCUCCGCAGGCUGGGCCACAGAGGCGCCGCCUAGGCAGCCCCCACCGGAGUGCCCCACGCCUGUCUCAACUGCCCUCGCUUCAGGCCUUCGGGCCCGGAGCCUCCCCUGGGCGCACGACUUCGAAGGUUAGCCUCAAAUCAGCGGCAAGCACAGAGCAGCUGCAGGCGCCCCAGCCCCAGGACUGCUUCCGGACCCCUUGACCGUCGGGCACCGCGCGCAAAGGGCCCUUCAGCCCGCGACCGGGACUAGGCCCAGUCCCAACACCGCUGCCGGUGCCUGGCCUCGAGCUCCAGAACACGAGCAGAGCCGUCAGUGGGCGGGACACUCCUGAGCCUCUGUCUGCACCGAGCCAGCCCGGACACCGCGGGCACCGAGCCUCCCGGUCACCCCUGCCAGCCCACGAGGCCUCCCAGCGCUCUCCGCAGUGGGGCCCAGUGCCCGCUUCCUUGGGCACUUCCAGCCUCUCCCCCUCCCAAACCCGCCCCCGCCCCUCGACAGCAGCGGGCGGCGGGGACACCCCGGGACGCGGGACGGCUGCGCCAUGACGGCUGAGAGCCGGCCGCCGCCGCCGCAGACGGAGGCGCUGGCGGCCGUGAAGGAGGAGCGCGGUGAGGCUGGGACCGCGGUCCCGGCAGAGGCGGCGGGUCGCGGCACGGGCGGGCGUCGGCGGAAGCGCCCCCUGCAGCGCGGAAAGCCGCCCUACAGCUACAUCGCGCUCAUUGCUAUGGCCAUCGCGCACGCGCCGGAGCGUCGCCUCACGCUGGGCGGCAUCUACAAGUUCAUCACCGAGCGUUUCCCCUUCUACCGCGACAACCCCAAAAAGUGGCAGAACAGCAUCCGCCACAACCUGACGCUCAACGACUGCUUCCUCAAGAUCCCGCGCGAGGCCGGCCGUCCAGGCAAGGGCAACUACUGGGCGCUCGACCCCAACGCCGAGGACAUGUUCGAGAGCGGCAGCUUCCUGCGCCGCCGCAAGCGUUUCAAGCGCUCGGACCUCUCCACUUACCCAGCCUACAUGCACGACGCGGCGGCCGCCGCCGCCGCUGCCGCCGCCGCCGCCGCCGCCGCCAUAUUCCCCGGCGCGGUGCCCGCGGCCCGCGCGCCUUAUCCGGGCGCCGUCUACGCAGGCUAUGCCCCGCCGUCGCUCGGCGCGCCGCCCCCAGUCUAUUACCCUGCUGCGUCGCCAGGUCCGUGCCGCGUCUUCGGCCUGGUGCCUGAGCGGCCGCUCAGUCCUGAACUGGGCCCCGCGCCGUCGGGGCCCGCGGGCUCCUGCGCCUUUGCCUCGGCGGGCGCUUCCGCCGCCUCCACCGGCUACCAGCCUGCGGGCUGCGCUGGGGCCCGACCUGCCAAUCCCUCCGCCUAUGCGGCCGCCUACGCUGGGCCGGAUGGCGCGUAUCCGCAAGGAGCGGGCAGUGCCCUCUUCGCAGCGGCUGGCCGGUUGGCGGGGCCCGCCUCGCCCUCCGCGGGUGGCAGCGGUGGUGGCGUCGAAACCGCGGUGGACUUCUAUGGGCGCACAUCGCCCGGCCAGUUCGGAGCUCUGGCGCCCUGCUAUAAUCCUGGUGGGCAGCUCGGAGGGAGCAGUGGAGGCGCCUACCAUGCUCGCCAUGCGACUGCCUAUCCCGGCGGUGUGGAUCGAUAUGUGUCCGCCAUGUGAGCCCAGCCUACAGUCGAAAAUUCCCAGAUACCUCGGCUGUCCACACGAACUAAGUAUCCCCUAGACCUGAGAACAGAACUGGAGAGAGGAUUGAGCGCCGCGUAGAAGGAACCGGUGCACCACACACACGGUUCGCUUUUGAAAUGGGAGGAGGUGGGGAGGGGCUGCGGUGGCUCACGGACUGGGACAAAGGACCCUCGAUAAGGCGAAGCUCCGAAGGACAUGCCUUUCUGACAUUCUACUGGGGAGAGUCCUGGGUGAUAAUGGGGGCGCAGCGCAAUGCCUACGCCAGAGUCUAGGAUCCACAUUGUGGGGAAUCACGUCUUCACUCUUCCCUAAAUUGCAAGAAACUCGGGCCUUUUUACACGGUUCUGCCUCUUGUGCCUUUGAUUAGGUUACUGUAACAAAAAGGCUCCAGUAGCAUCUUCCUUAAGUUACAGAGGAUGAAUUUGCAAGAGAAGUAGCCUCCCUCUUUAAAAAAACAAACAAACAAAACAGGGAAAUCUCUACUCCGUUUGACUAGGGGCUGGUUUUCCCUGCCUCUAAGAACUACAGACCUGACUCAGUCUAGACUGUUCAUGCCUCAGCUUUAUGUGUGACCUAAGUCUCACCGCCCAAACCCUCUGUUCCCCCAUCUGUUUGACAGGAGGGCUGCAGGAUUGGACCCCCGUGUGAUCUUUUAAGGGGCCCCAUUGUCGUCAUGGAUGCCGCCUUGCAUAUUUGGCAGCAUAGGGGGGACCACCGAGGGCCUAGCCCUAUUCCCAAGUACAGGAAUAGAGGUCAUGGCAACCGCCUAACCUAAAGUCUCUGGGUUGGUUCCAGGCAGCAAUUAUAUUAUAAUUUCUUGAAUCUUUUGAGCAUGAUGUGCUGAUCAUUUGGUAGUUGUUACUGCUAGGUCAUAAAUUCGGUUUUCUAAUGAGGCAGGUAAAAAUAAAUUUUUCCAUUGCCCAUUCUUUCUUUUCAUUAAGCAACCCCGGACCAAACUGGCAGACUAAAAUUCAGAGAGACCACAGGAGUCAGGGGAGCCCUUUGGUGACAGCUCUCUGUUGGUCGAGCUGGCUCUUCCAUCCCUGGCACCCUCUGCUUCAUGAAAAGGAAAGAGAAAAAAUAAUUGGGGCUGUCAGUGAAGUAAGCUUUAGAAAUAAACUGGAUCUUUCACGUUGUUUUGUAUCCAUUCAUUUUAAGCGUCAAGCUGACCAAAAUUAUAGAAAAUCCAACCACUUUCUCACCGUUCUCUUGGGAGAUCUUACAAGUUUUUAUUCUGGAGUGAAUAUUCCCAAUGUUAAACACUCCGGAGGCUCGGUGUGCAGCUUUCAAAUAAACCUGAGGAUUCAGAUGAACUGUUUUAAUAAAAAUCUUUGAUCGAGUUCUGGCAAGAGAUACUCAGCCCCCUUCUGUGUAGUUAACUUGCGAGGGAAGAGGUGGGGAUAGUGUGAGAAGACUGAAAACCACUCGUAAUUUUUAUUUUUAAUUUUGGCAGUUGCUCUAUCUUGUUCAAAAAGACAUGUGAAUGUGAUGUGAUUCCGUCCAGACGGGUAUUUGUCUCAAUCGGUACAGUCCAGUAGAAGUGUAAUGCAAAUUACAUGUGUAAUUUAAAAUUUUCUAGUAGCCAUUUAAUAAAAUUUUAAAAA